CAAACCUCUUCCUUUCUUGCUUUCCCUUUUACUCCAACAAUUUCCUGAAUUUUCUUUCUAUUUAUUAAUAGGAUAUUCUCUUUUGCUUGUCGUCUUUGAAAUUCUCUUUGUAUUCCAUCUAUAGACUCAUUUGAUUUUUUUUUUAAAAUAAUAAUAAUAAUAAUAAUUCUAUCCCCCUUUCCUUUGUGCGCUUAUAUGUAUACAUACAUUGAACGUAUACAUACAUAAUUAUAUACCUUACAUACUUUGGACACUAUACACUCCAUACUCCAUACUCCAUACUACUAAUAUUAUUAAUAUUAAUAUAAAUACCAACGAAAGAUGGCCUAUCCAAGGAAUCUCCCUUUUUCUCUUUCUGCUCAAUCUGCAGAAAGGCAACCUUUACUACACCCAACCCCACCCACCAAACCUGCCCUCCUCAAGAACCCUUCGAAUCCCUUUCCAAAGAUGCCAUUCUGGACAGCAGCAGCAACCUGUAUAUCAUGCCUUGGAGGAUUCUUAUUUGGAUUUGAUCUGGGUGUCGUCGGUGGUCUUCUUAUAGCCCCUUCCUUCUUAUCAUAUUUCGGUAUCGACCCCAAUAAUAAGGAGCAAGAAGCAAAUAUUAGUGGCAAUGUUGUCUCUAUUCUUCAAGUCGGUUGUCUCAUCGGUGCUCUUAUGGCCACAAGUACAGCAGAUAAACUAGGUAGAAAGUACAGUAUUAUCAUUGCUGCGGGCAUUUUCACAAUUGGUGGCAUAGUACAGGUGAUCGGCUACAGUCUAGCUGUAUUGUAUGUAGGCCGCCUGGUAGCAGGACUAGGUGUUGGUGCACUCUCUAUGCUUGUACCAGUCUAUGUUGCUGAAGUAGCCCAUCAUAAACACAGAGGCUUUUUGGGUGGUCUCUGGAUGUUUUUCAUUGCAACCGGACUUGCGUCUUCGUACUGGACCAAUUAUGCAGUCAAGCGACUCGUGGACAGCAACGACAAUAAUCUCUGGCGUAUUCCGCUGAUCAUCCAGACCGCCCCGGGACUGAUUAUGCUCUUUGGUAUGCUUUGUUUGUUCGAAACACCACGCUGGCUGGCUGCGCACGGAAGAACAGACGAUGCACUCGAGGUCCUGUCAAAGGUCAGAGGGUUGGCACAGGACAACAAAGAAGUUGUCGAGGAACUCAAGGCCUUGACGCUGGCAUUCCAACAAGGAGCAGGACCAAACUAUGUGGACCAGACCAACAUGAGCUGGAAGGCAGUCUUGGGCCCAGAGAACAGACGGCGCCUGUUGACCGGCUGUGCAAUCCAGUGCUUCCAGCAAAUGACAGGCACAAAUGUGGUAAACUACUAUAGCCCAAUCAUCUUCCGUUCCAUCGGCCUGUCGUCUGGCGAGUCCGAGCUCUUGGCUACUGGUGUCUAUGGCCUGGUCAAGAUGUUUACUGUCCUUAUUGGCUUCUCGGUACUCGUGGAUCGGUUCGGCCGGCGUCCUCUCUUGGUCUGGGGAGGAACUGGUAUGGGUGCAUGUCUUUUGGCAGUCGCAGUGUGUGUUGCUAGCCGGCCAAUGAGUAUUGAAGAGCAGAUCGCUCCCUCUGCAUAUGCUGGUAUUGUUUGUAUGUUUGCAUUUGCGGUAUUUUUUAGUGUCUCUUGGGGUCCAGUUCCAUGGCUCUAUUGCUCAGAGAUCUACCCUAUGCGUAUGAGAGCAAAGAGUGCUUCAAUCACAACUGCCAUUAACUGGUCCUUGAAUGCCGUGAUUGGCAAGAUCAGUCCGCUUAUGCUAGCCAAGACUACAGUUGGUACCUAUAGUUUCUUUGGCGGGUGUUGUAUUCUUAUGAGCUUAGCCUGUCACUUUAUCAUCCCUGAAACCAAGGGAAAAUCCUUGGAAGAAAUGGAAGCACUCUUCCAACCGAAUACCCAUAAGAUUAGAGACUCAAAUGACGGAAUGGAUACCAAGAACCCUACUUAUUCGAUUGCUUAA